UGCCGCAAUAAUCGGACCGUACCAUGACAGUCCAUUCAACCAAAGAGUUGGAGUCAAGGUUUAUCUGAUCUCUGCUGAAUGUCUAAAACUAUCGAUCUAAUCAAUCAAUCAUUUCAUUUUCUCAAGUCUAUCACUUCUUUCCCAGACGCCCAGGACGCUUCAGGCACAGAUUUAUUGUUCACAGGAGCCCUAUUGAGCUCAGACUUUCAGCGCAUGCGCCGUUAACACCUCCGGCUUUGUGGCAACGAAAAUUUUGCCACAGCAACUCUCAUGGCACGUUCAAUUUUCACUUUGCUGGCAUCAGCAUUGUGUGCCAGUGCGGCCACGGUCACUUACGACUUCAAUGUUACUUGGGUCCGCGCGAAUCCUGAUGGCCUCUUUGAGCGAUCUGUGAUGGGGAUUAAUCACCAAUGGCCUAUUCCUGCCAUUGUUGCCGACAAGGGAGACCGCGUUAUUGUGAAUCUUAACAAUCAGCUUGGGAAUGAAAGCACAAGUCUGCAUUUCCAUGGGCUUUUCAUGAACGAGACGAAUCACAUGGAUGGCGUUGUGGGUGUUACGCAAUGCGCAGUCCUUCCUGGCAACAACUUCACAUACAACUUUACGGUCAAUCAAUCAGGAACUUACAGGUACCAUUCCCAUGUCAAAGCUCAGUAUCCCGAUGGUUUACGAGGCCCACUCAUAGUGAGAGACUCCGAAUCUCCAUACAAAGACCAAUAUGACGAGGAGAUUGUGCUUACCUUUUCCGAUUGGUACCACGAAAGAAUACCAGUCUUGAUGAAGCAAUUCCUUAGUGUCACUAAUCCCACUGGCGCUGAGCCUGUGCCAAAUUCGGCGUUGAUUAAUGACACACAGAACCUUACCGUCUCAAUGACGCCCGGUAAGACCUACAUGUUCCGCCUCGUCAACAUGGGCGCUUUCGCCGCACAAUAUGUUUGGUUCGAGGGCCAUACCAUGAGCAUAAUCGAGGUUGAUGGCGUCUACACCGAGCCGGCUGAAGCAGACCGAAUUUACAUGACUGCUGCACAACGAUACAGCGUCUUGAUUACUGCGAAGAACGACACGAGCUCAAACUUUGCCAUAGUGGGGAGCAUGGAUGAGGAUCUUUUCGAUACCGUUCCGUCCAUACUCAACAAUAACGUAACAGGCUGGCUCGUCUACGAUGCCACUGCAGACAGGGCACCAGCUGUGCUCGUUGACGCUUACGAUCCUUUUGAUGACUUCACACUCGUGCCGCAAGACGGCAAAGACCUACUCAGAGACGUCGAUCAUCAGAUUACACUUGAUCUGAAAAUGGACAACCUCGGCGAUGGAUUUAACUACGCUUUCUUCAACGACAUAACCUAUGUUGCCCCUAAGGUUCCCACACUGUACAGCGUUCUUUCCUCAGGGAGCGCAGCUACCAACGUAUCUAUCUACGGCAGCAGCACGAACAGUUUCAUACUUAACAAGAACGAGGUGGUCGAGAUCGUUAUUAAUAACAACGAUGCCGGCAAGCACCCCUUCCACUUGCACGGCCAUGAAUUCCAGGUCGCAUCACGUUCCGAGGACAACGCAGGUCUGUACGCGAACAACGUAACCAUGCCUCAGACACCAAUGCGUCGCGAUACGAUCCUCGUACGUCCGAAUGGCAACGUUGUACUGCGCUUCCGGGCUGACAAUCCCGGUGUCUGGUUCUUCCAUUGCCACAUUGAAUGGCACGUCGCGUCCGGCCUCAUCGCCACGAUGAUCGAGGCCCCUCUCGCUAUCCAGGAGCAGUUCUCUUCCGGCCGCUCCAUCAUCCCCGACGACCACUGGGCCGUCUGCAAUGCCUCCCAUACGCCGACCAAGGGCAAUGCCGCCGGGAAUACGAAGGAUCUAUUCGACCUGUCCGGCGAGAAUAAGGCCCCAGCGCCGCUGCCCGUGGGCUUCACGCCACGCGGCAUUGUUGCACUCGUUUUCAGUUGUGUCUCGGCUUUUGUGGGCAUGAUCGCUAUUGGAUGGUAUGGUAUGGCACCCCUGCAAGGGGCAAAGGUGGGGGAGGGGGCUUGGUUGGCGGAGAGAAGAGAGGAAGGCAGAGAUGAGUAAAAAUAGGAGGUACAGUAUGUGGACAAUGAGGGGAGUAUGAGAGAUGGUUACUUAUUUUUUGGUUCGACACCACUGAUGGCUUUACGAUGUACAUUGUGUACGCAGCUUCGGAUUACGCAUGUACAAAGGAGAAGUCCCUGCGUUUUGUAAACACAUCUGCGUUCAAUGGCUGACAAGAAUCUUCAUGUGACACGAA